ACCUUGGUUGGCAGGAUCCCUGUCCGGAUUCAUUGAGUCUUAGAUUGAGUCAGUCUGUGUUAGUCAGGGGUUAGAGUCUACGUGGUGAGGUUUGGAACCGUCAAUCCGGUUGUGCACUUGUCACCAUGGUUGAGACCCGUAGUGGGAAGAGCACUAGCCCCUACACCCAGGAGAACCAAGAGAAGAUUGCCACCUUAGUGAGAGAGAAUAAGGAGAGGAAAGAACUCCUGAAGCAGGCGAAGCUGAAAGCAAUCGCAGAGGAGCAGGCGAAGCUGAAAGCAAUCGCAGAGGAGCAGGCAACAAAGAUGAAGAAGUUAGAAGAAGAGAUGGAGGAGAAGAAUAAGGUUGUCGAGGAAGAAGCAGCAGCAGAAGCGGAGGAGGAGAGAAAACGCAAGGAAGUAAAAGAAGAGAGUAGUGGCACAGCAAAUGAGGAUGCAGCGAUGGAGAAGAAGAUUAAUGAGUGGAUUGCUAACUUAUCGUUGGGGGAAGAUAAGGAGGCACAAUUCUAUGUGCCACAGGAUGAGAGGGAUGCACAAGAGGUGCAUGCGCAGGCAGACAUUUCUGCGAAAAUGGAUAAGAUGCAAGGGUACUUCGAAGUGUUGAGUAAGGCUUGGAUGGAGGAGCGCCAAGCCAACUGGGGUCACAAUGUGGCCCUGAGUGCCAUGCGGUCAGGAUUUCGAGACUUUGCACGCGAUAUGGUCACCCACGUUGGAGGCGAAGUCAGGCGGUUGAGAGACAACGUGGGGAAGUUCUGCAAGGGCGCCAUCGAGGGUGCCAAUGCAGUAGCCGCUAUUGAGAGUGAGGCCAGGCCCCAUAAAGAGCCCAUCAAGCUUAAGUUCCCAGAUGCAUAUGGCGGGAAGAAAAAAAAGAAUUUUGAUAACUGGGAAGUGAUCGUAAAUAGUUAUGUAUACUUGCAACACAUCUUGAUUGAGGAGCAAGUCCUCGUCACCUUCCAGACCCUCAAGGAUGAAGCGGCUAGUUUUGCCAGGUCCCUUGCGCGCGCACCCGGUUGUGAAAACAACCUGGUUGCAUAUUAUAAGAUCACACCCCUUCCUCAAUGCUUCAAACUCCCGAGGGAGAGAUUUGGUGACCCAACGGCCGACAUCACGUAUGAUGUAUUGAGUAGAGAGGUAGUCUUGUUCGAGUCGAAGUCCAUGCCAGUAUCCACUUUCUGGCAUUGGGACCUGGAUAAGGGGAAAAAGUGGAAAGGGCGUACCAUCUCUGAGCAAGUCAGGGCCAAGGAUCACAUGAUCCUCACGUUAGAAGAGGGUGGUACCGAUGAAGUCCCCUACAGUGAGAUUGAGUGGGGGUUAGAGGAGGAGGACAACAGUGUAGGGCAAUGGAGGUCCUACGCGGCUGUCGCGGCUGGAGGGAGGCCGCAAGGUAGAGGAGGAGGCCAGGGCCAAAGGGGCCAGGCCACGUGAGGCCGAGGACCGGGUGCACAGGGGGUUGGCGGACAAGGGAACUGCCAAGUGGGAGGUAGGGGUCAAGGUCCCCCGCCAAAUCGUCAAGGUUCUUGUCGGUCCCUGCAGCGACGAGGUGGAAGGCCACCUCAAGGAGGAUGGCACCCAGACUUGCCGCAAGGCAGGCCAUGGGAAGAUUUGGGUUUGGACCAACGCGUAUCGCAGGAACGCG